AUGUCUGUAUUUGUAAUCUUUUUUGAUGUCCUUUUUGACAGGUUGGUGGUUGGAGCCCCCUUCGAUCAAAAUGGAGCGCAGAAGACAGGUGAUAUAUAUAGAUGUUCCAUCGCCAACGACACAACAAAUGACUGUACCAAGCUCGGAAUUGGCAGGGUGACGCUGUCCAACGUGUCGGAACGAAAGGAUAACAUGCGCUUGGGAAUGAGCUUAGUCACAAAUCCUAAAGAUAAUAGCUUUGUGGCCUGCAGUCCAUUGUGGUCUCAUGAGUGUGGAAGCUCCUAUUACACAACUGGGAUGUGCUCCAGAGUCAACGCCAACUUCCGAUUCUCCAGAAUCGUGGCCCCUGCGCUGCAAAGGUGUCCAACUUUCAUGGAUAUUGUUAUUGUUUUGGACGGAUCAAACAGCAUUUACCCAUGGACAGAGGUUCAGGGUUUUCUCAUCAGUAUUCUUCAAAAAUUCUACAUUGCUCCGGGUCAGAUUCAGGUGGGGGUAUUGCAGUACGGGGAAGAGGUGAUCCACGAGUUUCAUUUGAAUGACUUCCGCUCAGUGAAUGAGGUGGUGGAGGCUGCAAAACGCAUUGAGCAGAGGGGAGGGACAGAGACUCGAACUGCACUGGGCAUUGAGAAAGCAUGCACGGAGGCGUUCCAGCGCGGUGGAAGGAAGGGAGCCAAAAAAGUGAUGAUUGUUAUUACUGAUGGAGAAUCUCAUGACAGCCCCGAUCUACAGCGGGUGAUAGAGACGAGCGAAAGAGAAAACAUAACCCGCUAUGCUGUGGCUGUCCUGGGAUAUUACAACAGACGAGGGAUUAAUCCUAAAGCCUUCCUAAAUGAAAUCAAGUACAUUGCCAGUGACCCGGAUGAUAAGCACUUCUUCAAUGUGACAAACGAAGCUGCACUAAAGGACAUUGUGGAUGCACUCGGGGAAAGAAUUUUCAGUCUGGAAGGGACCAAUAAGAAUGAGACAUCCUUUGGGCUCGAGAUGUCCCAGGCUGGGUUUUCGUCCCAUGUGGUAGAGGAUGGGAUAUUGCUGGGAGCGGUUGGAGCCUAUGACUGGAGUGGAGCUGUUCUUAAAGAGACCAGCAGUGGGAAGGUGAUACCUCGGAGAGAGUCUUACCUCAAGGAGUUUCCGGAUGAGCUCAAGAACCAUGGGGCGUACCUUGGCUACACAGUCACAUCUGUAAUGACACCGCAACGCGUCAGGCUGUAUGUAGCAGGAGCCCCACGAUUUAAUCACACGGGGAAGGUGAUCAUCUUCAGCAUGCAAGGCAUGGACAACCUUGUCAUCCAUCAAUCUCUACAGGGGGAACAGAUUGGGUCAUAUUUCGGCAGUGAAAUUGGCUCUGUAGAUGUGGAUGGCGAUGGGGUAACGGAUGUGCUGUUGGUUGGAUCUCCAAUGUUCUUCAGUGAAGCGAGGGAGCGUGGCCGUGUCUCUGUCUAUGUCAUGAGAGAGAAACGCUUUGUUCCAGAUGGAGCUUUGCGUGACUUGGACAGCUCACAAAAUUCACGCUUUGGAUAUGCCAUCUCUGCAGUGCCAGACCUAAACCAAGACUCUUUCAAUGACGUGGUGAUCGGGGCACCUCUAGAAGAUGGCCAUAAGGGUGCCAUUUAUAUCUUCCACGGAUUCAAGAAAAACAUAUUGAAGAAAUACAAGCAGCGCAUUGCUGCAGCAGACUUGUCACCCACACUGGAAUAUUUCGGCUGCAACAUUCAUGGAGAGAUGGAUAUGAAUGAGGAUGGCCUGGUGGAUCUGGCAGUGGGUUCUAUGGGAAAUGCUGUUCUUCUUUGGACUCGCAGCGUUGUACGGAUUAACGCGACCAUUCGAUUUGAGCCGCCGAAAAUCAACAUUUUCAGUAAAGAGUGCCACAGGAACGGACGGGAAGCCACUUGCAUGGCGGCAUUCAUCUGCUUCUCUCCGAUGUUUAAAGCACCCCAGUUCCAGGGGCAGAGUGUGGGCAUCAAAUACAAUGUGACCAUUGAUGAGCGUCGAUACACCCCCCGUGCUGUGAUUGAUGACAUCGGAGGAGACAAGCACUUCAUUGAAACCAUCAGAGCCACAAGUGGGCACAGUCAGUGCCAGCAGCUCAAUUUCCACGUUCUGGACACAGCAGACUACGUGAAGCCAAUCACCUUUUCUCUGGAGUAUGAGCUGGCAUUUCCUGACCAGGGACCAGUACUAGAGGAAGGAUGGCCAUCAUCUCUCAAAGCAUCGGUUCCAUUCUGGAAUGGGUGUAACCAGGAUGAGCGCUGCGUCCCCGACCUCUACUUGGAUGUGAAGCACGAUAUCCCGACUGCCAUGGAGUUCUGCCAGCGCUCUCUACGGAGAUCCCCAUCAGGCUGCAAUACCUUCACUAGAUCAUUUGACAACUCCGUGUUCAUCAUUGAAGGGAGCAGAAGGCGAGUGGCCCUGGAGGUGACACUUGAGAACCGAGGGGAGAACGCAUACAGCACCGUGCUCAAUAUUUCCCACUCUCCAAACCUGCAGUUUGCCAGCUUGAUCCAAAAGGAGGAGUCAGACAUCAAGAUCGAGUGCAAGAAUGACGAUCGAAUCCCACGCAGCAAGAUGUGCAAUGUCAGCUUCCCGUUCUUCAGAGCAAAGGCCAAGGUGGCGUUCCGGCUGGACUUCGAGUUCAGUAAAUCCGUGUUUCUUCCAUCUCUGCAGAUCCAACUAGUGGCCAGCAGUGACAGUGAGGAAAUGGAGAGUACAAUCACUGACAAUGAGGUUCUCCUCCACUUCAACCUGAAGUAUGAGUCGGAUCUUCUGUUCACCAGACACUCCAGUCUGGACCAGUAUGAGAUCACAUCCCAAGGGUCAGCUGACAGAUACAAUGCUAUUGGGCCCCCAUUCAACUGCUCUUUUAAGAUACAAAAUCUGGGCUUCUUCCCUGAGGAUGUCACAAUGAAGAUCACCAUUCCGGUGGCGACCCGUGGCGGUAAUCGCCUGCUCCUCUUACAACAACUAACCAGUGACCAGGGGAAUGAAACCUGCAAUGUUUGGGGGAAUAGCACGGAUUACCGCAGGAGGCCAUCAGAGGAGGACAUCAGUCACAUACCUCAGCUGAAUCACAGUAACUCGGAUGUCAUCUCCAUUGAUUGCACUAUGAGCUUGGUGUCCAAUCAGGAAGCAACCCUCACCCUCCAUGGAAGAUUGUGGAGCAGAACAUUCCAAGCGGUAAGGAACAUCAGAUGUAGGAAGAGAGUGCGGUCUUCCAUCGCAUGA